AUGGAAGGUUUUUCGGAACGUCUCUUGGAAAUACUAAAUGAUGGGAUGCUCUCUAUUGGACUUGUCAUGGGUCAUAAGCUUCAACUGUUCGAUACCCUUGCUGCUGUAUCAUCGGAGAAUGAACCAGCCACUUGUACAAUGGUAGCUGAAAAAGCCGAUAUGAAGGAACGUUAUGUACGCGAAUGGUUAUGUCUCAUGGUCUGUGGUAAGAUUAUAGAGGUGGAUGAGAGUGGCGAAAAAUUUUGGAUCAGAGAGGAACGCAUUGGAGAUCUCUGUGGUGAUGAACCGAAUACAUUGCUUGCCAUCCAGCAAUCUGUUCUUAUAUUUGCCAAGGCAUACCCUGCUGUCAUCGAGCUCUUCAAGAAAGAUGUGCCACUAGGGAUAGACAAUAAAAUGUUUGAUGAAUUUGAUAAAACGAUGGCAUCAGUUUCAGAAGCUGCAGAUAAAAAAAAUAUUAUUAGCAAAUUUGUACCUGUGACAGGGAUGCAGAACAAGUUGGAAGAAGGUGGAAUUCAUGUUCUCCAUGUAGGUUGUGGUCGAGGAAUGCAUAUUGCAGAAUUAGGGAGUCAUUACCCAAAAUGCUUUUUCACUGGAAUUGAUACGUCACUCGAAGCUGUUAUUGGAGCAAACAAGAAAAGAGAUGAAGCUAAUGCUGGCCUCGAUAAUGUAUCGUACAUGCAAAUAAAUAGUCAGAUGAUGAAGAAUGAGUGGACGGAGAAGUUUGAUUGGGUGAUGAUGUUCGGCGCUUGCCAUAACCAAAUGAGACCUGAUCGCUGCUUGAAAGAGAUAUAUCGAGUUCUGAAACCAAAUGGUUUAUUUUCGAUGUUUGAAACUAAUGGUACAAGCAAUGUUUAUAAAGAUAAAGAAAUAAAUACAUCCAUAUAUAUGUAUGGCAUGUCACUUUCACAUUUCCUUCCUGUCGGAAUUAAUUCUGAAGAUGCAGUGGGACUCGAUACUAUGUGGGGACGUGAAAAAGCUAAACAGCUACUUGGUGAUGCUGGCUUUGAAAAAGUUGAAAUCCAUCCGAAUCCGUUUUCGGAAUUCCGCGCAGACAUUCUCUACUUAUGCCGCAAAUAA